CCGCCGCAUUUCUUUGCUUUGAACGGACCUUUUCGGCCUUGAAAUUGAGCUUCGAAUUUACAUCAUCAUGCCUGACGUCGAUAUGGGUAACUCUACCCCUGAUGUGGCUUCCAACAAGCCUGAGAGACUCCCCAUCACCGUCUCCAAGCCUUCGCCCUACACCUUCGACCUGGGUAACUUGAUGGUCAAUGACCCGAACCCACUGGACCUGCCUCAAGGCGAGCAUAUCAACGACUCCCUCAAGGCAAUCGCCCGCGACGGCGCCCAAGUCCUGCUAAACCAGCUCCUGACAACAUGCAACAUCACCUCCUCGGCGCAGAACGGCGUUCUCCUCAACCUCCCGGCCGCGGCCACCGCCUUGCCCCGGCACAAGCCCCUGCCCACCCCCAAGCCCCCGACUAAGUGGGAGCUGUUCGCCCGCAAGAAGGGCAUCGGCAAGUUCAGCCAGCGCCCCGGAGUUGCGCUGGCCGACAAGGAGCGCCGCAAGAAGCUAGUCUACGACGAGGCGUCGGGCGAGUGGGUGCCGCGCUGGGGUUACAAGGGCAAGAACAAGCCUGAGGAUAACCAGUGGGCUGUCGAGGUUAAGGAGGAGGAUUGGAAGAAGGAGGAGGAUGCUGCUGCUAAGGGUGGCUCGAUUCGUGGAAUGAACCGGGCUGAUCGUAAGGAGCGCAUUAAGAGGAAUGAGCGGAAGGAGCGGGCUAAUGAGCGGCGGUCGAGGAAGCCUAGUAGCGGUUAGGGAGGGGUUUGGGUUCGAUCUUUGCUAGGGCCUGUAUAGUUCUAGAUUUUCGUUUCUAUUCUUCAUUCUCGGGCGUUGGGGUUUGGAGUCGGGACUCAUCUCUUCCUUUACGAUCGUCCAUUUUUGCGACCAUAUCAAAAAAGCAUUGUUUAUAUCGCCACGUCUAUAUCAACGACCUACCAAU